UGAUUGAGGGCUUGAAGAAGUAGAUCAAAAACUUCCCAGGAGCCGGUGUCGGGGGGGGGUGGGAAAGAAACGGAGGAGAAAGAAGAGAAAAAGAGGAGAAACGGAGGAGAAAGAGGAGAAACGGAGGAGAAAGAGGAGAAAGGCGGCGCACCGGCCGAGAGCGGGUCCCGGGGCAGGAAGAGAGAGCGCGGAGCGGGGCGAUGCCGCUGCUGCACCGCAAGCCCUUCGUUCGGGAGCAGCCCCCCGCCGACCUGCGCCCGGACGAGCGCGUCUUCUACUGCAGGGUCACCAACGAGAUCUUCAGGAACUACGAUGAUUUUUUUGAACGCACUAUUCUGUGCAACAGCCUUGUGUGGAGCUGUGCUGUCACAGGCAAACCAGGACUCACAUAUCAGGAAGCGCUGGAAUCGGAGAAGAAGGCCAGACAGAAUCUUCAGCGUUUUCCAGAGGCACUCAUCAUUCCAGUUCUCUAUUUAGCCACCCUCACCCAUCGCUCCCGACUUCAUGAGAUCUGUGAUGAAAUCUUUGCUUAUGUCAAGGAUCGGUAUUUUGUCGGUGAAACAGUGGAAGUAGUUAGAAGUAAUGGUGCAAGGUUGCAGUGUAAGAUUUUGGAAGUCAUUGCUCCAGCCCAUCACAAUGGAAUGGCGAAUGGCCAUGCCAGCAGCACUGACGGAGACACAAUUGUCAUCAGCGAUAGUGAUGACUCAGAAGCGCACAGUAGCUCUGCACAAAAUGGGGAGAAGAAAGCCAUAAUUGAUCCUUCUUUGUUCAAAUACAAAGUCCAACCUAUUAAAAAAGACCUAUAUGAAACUGUUACUGUUAAAGCAUCUCAACUAAGCCGGAGGAAACAUCUCUUUUCUCGUGAUAGACUUAAACUUUUCCUGAAACAACACUGUGAACCACAUGAUGGAGUUAUUAAAACUAAGACAACAUCAAUUGAAAAAUAUAAUCUAGCAGAAAAAAGUUUCUCCGAUUUCUUUCCUGAUGACCCACCCACGUUUAUCUUCAGUCCUGCAAGCAGACGGCGAGGGAGACCUCCAAAGAGGGCAUCUACAAGUCUUGAGGACAAGAUUACUGCUGAACGAAAUACCCCAGGAAAAAAAAGUAAAGUAGCAAGGGAAAAGGCGAGGUUCCAGAAGCAAAAAGAAGAUAUGCAGGCCAUGGCUUUUGAAAAAGCUAAAUUAAAACAAGAGAAAGCAGAUGCUCUAGAAGCUAAGAAAAGGGAGAAAGAAGAUAAGGAAAAAAAGAGAGAAGAAUUAAAGAAGAUUGUGGAAGAAGAAAGGAUGAAGAAGAAAGAGGAGAAAGAGAGACUCAAAAUUGAAAAGGAAAAAGAAAGAGAGAAGCUGCGUGAAGAAAAAAGAAAAUAUGUGGAAUACCUGAAACAGUGGAGUAAGCCUAGGGAAGAUAUGGAGUGUGAUGACCUUAAGGAACUUCCUGUUCCAAUGCCAGUGAAGACAAGACUUCCUCCUGAGAUCUUUGGUGAUGCUCUGAUGGUUUUGGAAUUUUUAUAUGCUUUUGGGGAACUUUUUGAUCUUCAAGAUGAAUUUCCUGAAGGAGUGACUUUAGAAGUGUUAGAGGAAGCUCUUGUAGGAAAUGACACUGAAGGCCCACUGUGUGAAUUGCUGUUUUUCUUCCUGACUGCCAUCUUUCAGGCAAUGGCCGAAGAGGAAGAGGAAGUGGCCAAAGAUCAAAUAGCUGAUGCUGAGACCAAAGAUUUAACAGAGGCUUUGGAUGAAGAUGCAGACCCCACAAAAUCUGCACUGUCUGCAGUUGCAACUUUGGCAGCUGCAUGGCCCCAGUUACACCAGGGCUGCAAUUUGAAAAACCUGGAUCUUGAUAGCUGCACUCUUUCUGAGAUUCUCAGACUUCACAUUCUAGCGUCAGGUGCUGAUGUAACAUCAGCCAAUGCAAAAUACCGUUACCAGAAACGAGGCGGGUUUGAUGCUACUGAUGAUGCUUGCAUGGAGCUGAGAUUAAGUAAUCCUGGUCUCUUGAAGAAACUUUCAAGUACCUCAGUGUAUGAUUUGUUGCCAGGAGAAAAGAUGAAGAUCCUCCAUGCCCUCUGUGGGAAACUUCUGACUCUGGUCUCCACGCGAGAUUUCAUCGAGGACUCUGUUGAUGUGUUACGACAGGCAAAACAGGAGUUCAGAGAAUUAAAAGCAGAACAGCAUCGCAAAGAACGAGAGGCAGCAGCAGCAAGGAUACGUAAAAGGAAAGAAGAAAGGUUAAAAGAACAAGAGUUAAAAAUGAAAGAGAAACAAGAUAAGCUGAAGGAAGAGGAGCAAAGAAAUCCUACUGCAGAAGUAUCUAUUGGGGAGGAGGAACGGGAAGACCUUGAUACUAGUACAGAGAGCAAAGAAGUUGAACCUAAAGAGCAAGACAUGGACACAGUAACAGAGGAUGAAGAAGAGCUGGGACCAAACAAAAAACGAGCAAGAGGAAGAAGAGGGAAAAAUGGAUACAAAGAAUUUACAAGACAAGAAGAGACCACAUGUGAAAAGAGUGAACCUCUUACUGCUGAAGGCAAAGAAGCUUUAAAACAGGAGCAACAAAAGAAAGAGAAGGAACUACUAGAAAAGAUUCAGAAUGCAACAGCCUGCACAAAUAUCACCCCAUUGGGUCGUGACCGUCUGUACCGACGCUACUGGAUUUUCCCUUCUGUUCCUGGACUGUUUAUAGAAGAGGACUAUUCUGGUCUUACAGAAGACAUGUUGUUGCCUCGAACCUCUUCCUUUCAGAAUAGUGUACAGUCUUGCACAAAUGAACCUCAGGUAUUCAGUAAAACUGGAGAGUCUUUGAAAUCCUCUGAAUCUACCUCCAAUGUUGACCAAGAUUCACAUGCCAGUGUUGUUGUAGAGGUGCCAAGGCCAGUAUAUAAACCAAACCGUUGGUGCUUUUACAAUUCUCGGGAACAACUGGACCAACUCAUAGAGGCUCUCAAUUCCCGAGGACAUAGGGAGAGUGCCUUAAAAGAAACUCUUUUACAAGAGAAAAGUAGAAUAUAUGAACAACUAAGCAGUUUUCCUGUGGAAAAAUUCCAUAUUCCAGACAAACCUCAAAUUGACAUCAGACCUCCCUCAGGACGGGGAAGGAUGCAGAAUGCCCAUGAUGGAUCUCAUGUAUCUGCAGAGAAGCAGCUUGAACUGAGACUUAGAGACUUCCUUUUGGACAUUGAAGACAGAAUCUACCAAGGAACCCUGGGGGCGAUUAAGGUCACAGACAGACAGUCUUGGAGAGCAGCCUUAGAACAUGGGCGGUAUGAGUUCCUGAAUGAUGAAAACAAAGAAAAUGGUAUAAUUAAAACUGUGAAUGAAGAAGCUGAAGAAAUGGAAACUGAUGAUCAAGAUAAGUUUAUUGUGAAAGACAGACUCGUUGGGUUAAAAACUGAAGCUCCAAGUGCUGCAUCAACAAGUACAAGUACUCCUCAGCCGGUCAAUAAUGUGGUCCAUUACUUGGCAUCUGCGCUGCUUCAGAUAGAACAAGGAAUUGAGCGCAGGUUUCUCAAAGCGCCUCUUGAUGCCAGUGACGGUGGACGAUCCUAUAAAACAGUUUUGGAUCGCUGGAGAGAGUCGCUUCUUUCUUCUACCAGCUUGUCCCAAGUCUUCCUUCACCUGUCUACGCUGGAUCGAAGUGUCAUCUGGUCAAAAUCCAUCCUCAAUGCUCGCUGUAAAGUAUGUCGAAAGAAAGGCGAUGCAGAAAGCAUGGUGCUGUGCGAUGGCUGCGAUCGAGGCUAUCAUACUUACUGUAUCAGGCCCAAGCUCAAGGUCAUUCCUGACGGAGACUGGUUUUGUCCAGAGUGUCGACCGAAACAGCGCUCUAGACGCCUCUCCUCCAGACAGAGACCUUCUGUGGAAAGUGAUGAAGAGGCUGCUGAGCGGCUGAGGGAAGGAGGAGAAGAGGCACACUAUGGUGAAAUGGGACAAAGUGAGGAAGAGCACUAUGAAGAAGAGCAAGUCGAGGAGGAUGAAUCUCAAGAGGAAGAUGAGAUAAGCCCAUCAAAGCAAGGAAGACCCCGGGUCAAGUUUCCAUUAAAAAUGAGAGCAGCCAAACUCAACAAUCCAUUUUCAAGUCGGAACUGCCAGCGUCAGGCAAGAUAUGCUUCUCGGAGUCAGCAAAACACACUUAAGCAAACUGAACCUUCACCUAAAGUUACCAGAAGAGGUUUAAGAAAUGUAAGAUCAACCCCUCCAUUGGUGACAGAGCCUUCUUUAAGACUCAGUAGCCGGACCACUCGUCAGAGCCAAAGUUCAUUACAAGCAGAUGUAUUUGUGGAAUUACUCAGUCCUCGAAGAAGACGAAGAGGAGGAAAGAGUGCUGAUAACACACUGGAAAACAGCCCUUCCAAUUCUCUCGGAUUUAGAAUUAUUGAUACUCCAGACUCAAAUGAACGGCUUAGGAAGUACCCAGUUUCUGCCUCAAAGCUUUCUCUUCCUGUUACUGAACCCAAGAGAAGAGGCAGGAAACGACAAUCCACAGAAUCAUCUCCUCAAGCGUCAUUGAACAGGAGAAGUUCAGGACGUCAAGGGGGAGUCCAUGAACUCUCAGCUUUUGAACAACUCGUAGUGGAACUGGUACGACAUGAUGACAGCUGGCCUUUCAUGAAACUGGUUUCCAAAAUCCAGGUACCAGACUACUAUGAUAUCAUCAAAAAACCUAUUGCCUUAAAUAUAAUACGUGAAAAGGUGAAUAAAUGUGAAUAUAAGUUAGCAUCGGAAUUCAUUGAAGACGUUGAGCUGAUGUUUUCGAACUGCUUUGAGUACAACCCUCGUAACACAAGCGAAGCAAAAGCUGGAACUAGACUUCAGGCUUUCUUCCACAUUCAAGCUCAAAAGCUUGGACUUCCGAUCACAUCUGGUAAUGUGGACCACACCGCUCCCGCGGCAAAGAAGUCACGAAUCUAACCUCUGCCUUCUAAAGGAUUUUUUGAGGGAAUCUUAUGUUCAUUAAAAUGAAACGUUAAAUCACGCAGUCGUCAUACCUGUUUAAAGCAAUAACAACUGUUUAACCACCUUGAAGUGUGGCCUGCACUAUAUUCUCGAUGUAAUAUUAAGCACUCAGGAGAAAGUAGGAAAGAUUACCUUUGCUACAGUUUUUAUUCAGUGUCUAAUAAUUUUGAUAGAUGUACUGGAUACAGUACUGGUUUACAGAGGUUUUGUACAUUUUUAAUACAUUCAUGUGUCCAAAUAUCUUCCAGAAGUACAUUGUUUUUUCCUGCACCAAAUGACUUUGUUUCAUCCUCUAGAUUUUGUAGGAGCUGUGGUAUUGAGGGCUUUAUCAACUCAGAUAAAAUCUUCUGCUGUAGCACAGUUGAAGAAACUGUGUGUUUUUAAAACUUGUUUGAGCGUACCUUCUCAACACUACACAUGAAUGAGUACAACUGCAUAUCUUUUUAAGUACUGUACCAGUGCUGGCUGGAGGUAUUCAGUCUGAAUUUAUUAAGUAGAUAUUUAUUUAGCAUUCAAAGUAAUUUGUGAAUUUGUUUUGUAUUUAUAAAAUUUGUACUUGGAGAUUAAAAACAACAAAAACCAAGAGAGAGUUCCAUAACUUUUUAAUUUUUUUUUCCCCCCAGUGUGUGGGUUUUUUUGUUGUUGUUUAUUUCCUUCUAACUUGAUGAUCAAUCAAUAAAUACCUUCCCAUGUCCCUGGCAGUUCUUCUAGCAAUGAGUAAAUUUACAGGACCCUGCUAUAAGUUUCUACGUACAACUUUGGAAGUGUACAAAUAAAAUGACACAUUUUUCAAAGUAUUUUGAGCUUCUGGCAUUUCCUUUUGAGUUACGCUGCUCCACCACCUUCCCUGUUAAUUUCCUAGGACAAGUUGCUGGAGAGAUCACAGCAGAAUUUGGUUUCAAUGUGAAUGCCUCACCCAGCACUUUUGGCAUCUGCAGCCGGUGGGAUGCCUGGUCUCCAAGUGAUGCAAAUGUUCAUGAGUAUGUAAGGAGUAAUGCAGGGAGAGUGUGUAUAAUUUGUAUGGUUCUUUGUUAGAAUAAAGAUCCUAAAGGGUGUAAAACCUCAUAGCUUUGUUUAGCUGACCUGCAGCUUCUUUAAACUAUCUUUACUAUCCACGGUAGUUUUACCUCAAGUAAUUUAAUUCACAUUUAUUAAACUCUCUUUGAUUCAAUAGCUUUAAAACCCUCUUAAACCCAGUUUUGCCCACCUGGAUGUAUGCCAUACUCUGAAGAAACAGGAUGCAGCAGAAGUUGGGGAGUAGGAGUGAAGAAAAAUUGAAAUGCAAGGCUUGCUGCUGCAGCACAAACACUUUUCUGCCUGUUCCUGCUAGAUUUUGUUGGAGCAUUAAGACCUGUUGAUGUUAUAGACAAUUACUUGCUAUGUAGUUGUGGGGUUUCCUUGCUGCUGUAGUGCUUGUCUUGCCUAAGAAUGGGCAUUCCCUUGAGCCUAGGGAGUGGGUGG